CAACUAUAUAUCACUGGUCAGGUCAUGUCAACUACCGAUUGUCACCGAUAUUUGUCUGSAUUUGCGGGUCUAACUGCCGACACAAUUGAUCUGCUCGUCCGAAAUGGUAUCGAUUCGUUGAACACAUUACGCGGCAUCGAUAUGGACAAAGACUGGCAUCAGUUACCGCCGCAGAUAUCCAUUGGCCAGAAAGUACUGUUGCGACAGGCGUUGACCAAACUCGCCGAUAACACCGAUGGUGGMGACAAUGGCGGUGACAAAACAAAGACGACUUCCAGGCAAAACSUAACUGAUAUAAGAGUUGUUAUCAAUUUUAACGGACAAAUCGAUGACAGAGUCUUCGACAAUGUUUCCGAUAACAACGGGAAAGAGCCGUUAGAUAACGAUAUUGAUUUGGAGGACAGCAGUGGUAAUCAAUUUUAUCAAAUAACAGAUGAUAAUGAUCUAACUGUGUCCUCAUAUGAUAAUGAUUUUGAUUUGAAAAAACUUUUAUCUCAAACACAACCCUUAAUAAUGUUAAGUCCAUUAAAAAURYCGAAAAAAAUCAAUGAAUCAAAUACUCGACGCAAUAGUCGUCUAAAAUUGAUUGAAACCCAAACCGAUUGCAUCAAAUGUGGUCAUCAGUGCGACCACUAUUUAUCGCCGACUAAGACACUUGAUAUACACGUAAAUGACCCGAAAAAUUGCCAGUCAUUUAAGUUUAACGAAUUAGAGCUGAAAAGACUUGCAUUGCAAACACAACCCGUUGUAGUCGUAAGUCCGCUAAAAAUGCCGACCAAUAGAUCAAAGACUGUCGACAGUAGUAAUAGUCGUCUAAAUUUGUCUAAAGUUAAAACUAAUGGCAAAAAUCGUCUAAAAUGUGGUCAAUGCGACCACUUUUUCCGAUCGGAGUUACGGCUCGRGACACACAUAAACAGAUAUCACAASAACUGUAAGAAGCCAUUCAAGUGUGACAAAUGUGAUAAAGAGUUUGUCGCCAAUGAGUCUCUACUCAAUCAUUUGGGACUAAAUCAUGGCAUCCGAUCGUUUCCGUGCGACAAAUGCCAGUACAAUGGAUGGACUAAAUGGCAUCUAAUUCGCCACAAAAACACAAAACACUCCAACUAUCGGCCAUUUGUCUGCAAAUAUAACAACUGCGACAAAUCGUUCAAACAGAUAGAGGUUUUGGACGCACACCAGAAAUUGGUUCACUCGUCUGAUCGGCCAUUUGUUUGCAAUUACAAUGAUUGCAGCAAAUCAUUUAAACUGAAAAAAAAUUUGGUCCAACACAACAAAUUGGUUCACUUGUCUAAGGGGUUAUUUGUUUGCAAUUACGAUGACUGCAACAAAUUGUAUACAAGCAAACAUAAUAUGCUUUUGCAYCACAAACGGAUCCACGAGAAACCAAAGCUCCGAAAGUUCAAGUCUUCAUCCAAAAAAUUCAAACUAAUUGAUGAAGAAUUUAUAUCGAGAGCCCAACCAGUUAUUGUCUUAAGUCCAUUGAAAAUGCCUAUCAAAGACCGUACGCCGAUAUCGCCAAUAGUGACGAUAAAUAAGACAAUAAAGUUGACAAACAAUAAGUGGUUAACUAUAAUAAAGAAUAGGAUGGCGAAGAAUAUGAAGAAGAACAAGAAGUGGACACAGUUUUACGUUAAAUCCUACUAUAAAGGGCUAAUUAGAUCAAYUCGUAAGAGUCGAUCAAUUGCUAAGAGGUUUACUUAACAGUAAUUUUGUCAACAAAUUAAAGUUUUUGAAGUCUAGUCAUUAAUGAUAGUAAACCAGAUGUGUGGACACCAAACGAUUAUAUUGAUUAUCAAUCGAUCCCGAAGUCGAUUCAAUGAUAAAAACCAUUCAAUUGAGACUUUCAUUCAUUCAUUUUUUAUAUAUCU